AUGGAUAAGCUGGCGCCUCAUGCAUGGGACAGCAGUCCGGCCCCAAUUGCAUUAUACCACGCAGGUUGGGAUCGGCCCACUGGCAAUGGACACGUUCGUGGAGCUGCAGCAAGGUCGGGGAAGCUCCCGGCAGCUCUGUGGAGCUCCAAUGCGACGGGAAUAUGGAUUGCGACACGAGGUGAACGCCAUUGCCCGGUCAACAGCCGUGCUGAGGUGAAUUGCGCGUCCGAAAUUACCUCGGUUCCGAUCCCCUUCAGUGUCUUCCCGUCUGCGUAUCGGAACGCGGAAUUUAAGGAAACUACCAGCGUAAAGGUAGAAGAACAGGAAGCACAGUUUGAGCAACAGGCUUCACACGGACGGGAAGGUCACGAAGAAACCCACGAAUCCUUCUCCGCCACCGUCCUACCUCCUCCUCCGGCUCCCCAACAGCAGCAGCAACCGCAGCAGCACGACACUCACGUCAAGGAAGAGGUCCACAUCUACGAAGAGGAGCGUCUUCGUCGUCCCCAGCCUCCCCAGCAGCAGCAGUUCCAGCAGGCUUCCCAGUCCCAGCAAUUCCACGCUCAGCAGCCCCCUCAGCACCGUGAGGAGCUACAUAUCCACGAGCAAACUCGCUACCGCCAGCCCCAGCAGCAGUUCCAGCCGCCUCAACAGCAGUCCCAGCCGCAAUUCCAGCAGCCCCAGCCUCACUCUCAGCACGUUCAUCGUACUGACCGCGUAGAGUUUGAGCGAUCCCACGACCGCUACCAACCUCACCCCCAACCUCCUACCUCUACCCACUCCCACGUCGAGGUUCAGGACACAACCUACGAUAGACACUUCAAUACAGUCCACGGCCCUGCCACCGACUACGCUCCAUCUCAAAUCGACGUUACUGAACGUCAGAUCCGCGAACGUACUCGUCCCAUCGUCGCCGGUGCAAGCUACUCAAAGGAGACUUACACCACCAAGCACGAUACCUUCCCCAGCAGCAAGCACGUCGAGAGUGUCGCCAGCCACCAGCCAUCUGAGGUCCGAGUAGAAACAUCUGCUCGUUCCACUGCUGCACCCCCCAAGAAGUUCAAGCGUGAUAUGGGAUAUUACGACAACGAGGGCCAAUACCACUCGCUUCGUCAAGGAAUCUCUCACGCCGCUCACAAGGUCGCCGACCGUAUCCAACACCCCAUCCACCCUCACCGCCACCACCACUCUCACGAGCACUCUUUCCCUGGUGCCAAGUACGACGACGAACGUGAAGAGGUAAUCGUCAAGGAGAAGUACACUUCAGCUACUCCUUCUGUUGCCCCUAGCCGCCCCGUCCAAUCCGGAGCUCCUGUUGAGAGAGUCGUUCGCGUCCACUCCAACCCUUCUCCCCCCAGGUCCACAGUUUCUGCUGCUGUACCUGCCCCUGCACCUGCUCCCGUCUCCGCUUCUAUCGCACCUGCACCAGCUUCCGCUCGUACAGUCCGCAAGAUGGCUUCCUCCAAGACUAUCACCAUCCCCUGCCACCACAUCCGCAUCGGCGAUCUCCUGAUCCUCCAGGGCCGCCCUUGCCAGGUCAUCCGUAUCACCACCUCCUCCCAGACUGGCCAGCACCGUUACCUCGGUGUUGACCUGUUCACCAAGCAGCUCCAUGAGGAGUCUUCUUUCAUCUCCAACCCGGCCCCCUCCGUCGUUGUCCAGAACAUGCUCGGUCCUGUCUUCAAGCAGUACCGUGUUCUCGACAUCCGUGAGGACGGUCGCGUUGUCGCCAUGACCGAGUCUGGUGAUGUCAAGCAGGGCCUUCCCGUCCUUGACCAGAGCGGUCUCAUCUCCCGCCUGACAGAGUCUUUCGACAACGGCCGUGGCAGCGUCCGCAUCCUCGUCAUCGAUGACGAUGGUAUGGAGAUGGCUGUCGACUACAAGGUUGUCCACGGAUCCAGGUUGUAGAAACAUCUAGUCAAUGGUCUUAUUCAAACGUUCUAUAAUCAAUUAUCCCUUAGGCGUUUGUUUCCUCACGGCCACCUUUUAUAAAUUGUGUUCAUAACUUUUGCAUCGUCACUUGACUGGUAGCAUGGCGCACUCGGGCAUCGAUCGGUGUCUAUCGCUCUCGGUGUUUGGGGCGCGUCUAUGUCUGCUUGCUUGGGUGGUGGAAAUAUCGGAGC